UUCCCGGAGGGUCCACAAGGGUCGGGCCGGGCGCGCUCCCGUGCAGCCGGCUCCGGCCCCGACCGCCCCAUGCACUCCCGGCCCCGACGCAGGCGCAGGCGCGGGCACACGCGCCGCCGCCCGCCGGUCCUUCCCUUCAGCGGAGGUGGGGGAAGGAGGAGUCAUCCCGUUUAACCCUGGGCUCCCCGAACUCUCCUUAAUUUGCUAAAUUUGCAGCUUGCUAAUUCCUCCUCCUUUCUCUUUCCUUCCUUCUUCUGGCUCACUCCCUGCCCCGAUACCAAAGUCUGGUUUAUAUUCAGUGCAAAUUGGAGCAAACCCUACCCUUCACCUCUGUCCCGCCACCCCCCAGCCUUCUGCAUUGCUUUCCAUCGAACUCUGCAAAUUUUGCAAUAGGGGGAGGGAUUUUUAAAAUUGCAUUUGCAAAGUUCGGUGUCUGGGCUGGCGAGUGGGGGAGGGAGGGAAUGGGGAGUAGGCCCCGCCCCUACCGUCCUUUGCAAAUAAAAAUCUAGCGGGGCGGGGGGGGGAGGAGCAGGAAGUGGCGGUGCGAGGGCUGCUGCACAGCGAGCAGAGCCGCGGUCCGGACGGCAGCGCGUGCCCCGAGCUCUCCGCCUCCUCCCGCCCGCCAGCCGAGGCAGCUCGAGCCCAGUCCGCGGCCCCAGCAGCAGCGCCAAGAGCAGCCCCCGUAGCAGCGCCAUGGCCGGGUGGAACGCCUACAUCGACAACCUCAUGGCGGACGGGACCUGUCAGGACGCGGCCAUCGUGGGCUACAAGGACUCGCCCUCCGUCUGGGCCGCCGUCCCCGGGAAAACCUUCGUCAACAUCACGCCAGCUGAGGUGGGUGUCCUGGUUGGCAAAGACCGGUCAAGUUUUUACGUGAAUGGGCUGACACUUGGGGGCCAGAAAUGUUCGGUGAUCCGGGACUCACUGCUGCAGGAUGGGGAAUUUAGCAUGGAUCUUCGUACCAAGAGCACCGGUGGGGCCCCCACCUUCAAUGUCACUGUCACCAAGACUGACAAGACGCUAGUCCUGCUGAUGGGCAAAGAAGGUGUCCAUGGUGGUUUGAUCAACAAGAAAUGUUAUGAAAUGGCCUCCCACCUUCGGCGUUCCCAGUACUGACCUCGUCUGUCCGUUCCCCUUCACCGCUCCCCACAGCUUUGCACCCCUUUCCUCCCCAUACACACAUACACCAUUUUAUUUUUUGGGCCAUUACCCUGUAUCCCUUAUUGCUGCCAAAACCACAUGGGCUGGGGGCCAGGGCUGGAUGGACAGACACCUCCCCCUACCCAUACCCCUCCUGUGUGUGGUUGGAAAACUUUUGUUUUUUGGGGUUUUUUUUUUUUUUCUGAAUAAAAAAGAUUCUACUAACAA